AUGAAGCUUGCUGACAGCGUAAUGGCAGGGAAAGCUUCCGACGGCUCCAUCAAAUGGCAGCUUUGCUACGACAUCUCGGCCAGAACUUGGUGGAUGGAUGAGUUUCAUCCUUUCAUCGAAGCACUUCUGCCCCACGUCCGCGCCUUUGCCUAUACAUGGUUCAACCUGCAGGCCCGAAAGCGAAAAUACUUCAAAAAGCAUGAGAAGCGCAUGUCGAAAGAAGAGGAGAGGGCCGUGAAGGAUGAACUGCUAAGUGAGAAGCCGGAGGUCAAGCAGAAAUGGGCUUCCAGACUUCUGGCCAAGUUACGGAAAGAUAUCCGACCCGAGUACCGAGAGGAUUUUGUUCUUACAGUGACAGGGAAAAAACCUCCGUGCUGUGUUCUUUCCAACCCAGACCAGAAAGGCAAGAUGCGGAGAAUUGACUGCCUCCGCCAGGCAGAUAAAGUAUGGAGGUUGGACCUGGUCAUGGUGAUCUUGUUCAAAGGUAUUCCGCUGGAAAGUACUGAUGGCGAGCGCCUUGUCAAGUCCCCGCAGUGCUCCAAUCCAGGGCUCUGUGUCCAGCCCCACCACAUAGGGGUUUCCGUUAAGGAACUCGAUUUAUAUUUGGCAUACUUUGUGCACGCAGCAGAUUCAAGUCAAUCUGAAAGUCCCAGCCAGCCAAGUGAUGCUGACAUUAAGGACCAGCCAGAAAAUGGACAUUUGGGCUUCCAGGACAGUUUUGUCACCUCAGGUGUUUUCAGUGUGACCGAGCUAGUAAGAGUGUCACAAACACCAAUAGCUGCAGGAACCGGCCCCAAUUUUUCUCUCUCUGAUUUGGAAAGUUCUUCAUACUACAGCAUGAGUCCAGGAGCAAUGAGGAGGUCUCUUCCCAGCACAUCCUCUACCAGCUCUACAAAGCGCCUCAAGUCUGUGGAGGACGAGAUGGACAGUCCUGGUGAAGAACCAUUUUACACAGGCCAAGGACGCUCCCCGGGGAGCGGCAGUCAGUCCAGUGGAUGGCACGAAGUAGAGCCAGGUGAGCAGGGGAGAGUCAGGAGUGCAGAAAACAGCAUGUGUGCAUGGCUGUGUUGUCGCACGGUAGAGCGGCAGCAGCGAGCAGCAGAUACAGCAGAAGCGAAUGACAGAUGA